CUGCACUACGGGACCCUCCUGGGCAGCAGAGCUUGUGCCCACAUGGCAGCAGCUGCCUGGGCCAGUGCCUUUCUCUAUUCCCUGCUGCACACAGCCAAUACAUUUUCCUUGCCCCUGUGCCAUGGCAAUGUCCUGGGCCAGUUCUUCUGUGAAAUCCCACAGAUCCUCAAGCUCUCCUGCUCAAAUUCCUCACUCAGGGAACUGGGGCUAAUUGCAGUUAGUGCCUGCUUGCUAUUUGGUUGUUUUGUGUUCAUUGUUUUCUCCUAUGUGCAGAUAUUCAGGGCCGUGCUCAGGAUCCCCUCUGAGCAGGGACGGCACAAAGCCUUUUCCACCUGCCUCCCUCACCUGGCUGUUGUCUCCCUGUUCAUCAGCACUGUCAUGUUUGCUCACCUGAAGCCUCCCUCCCUCUCCUCCUCAUCCCUGGAUCUGGCUGUGUCAGUUCUGUACUCAGUGGUGCCUCCAGGAUGGAGCAUUGCUGUCCUUUCAGGAAGCUCUUUGUGGAAACUUCCGCCAUUGCAAGCUCCUUUGCCCUCCGUGGAUGCCGGCACUGGAAUCCCUCACGGCUGGGUUCAGAGCACACUCAAGCUGGCUCUUCUACAACUCAGGGUCCUUGUCCCCUUCAGCGUGCUCAGCACGCCCUUUAACUCCACUCUGCUGCACAACUGGAGCAGCGGGACAGGCACCUUUGAAGCCUGA